AUGGAUCCCCGGGAGAAUGCGCAGCCUAUCAGCGCCGAUGAAAUCGCGUUGUAUGACCGACAAAUCCGACUCUGGGGAGUACAGGCACAGGAGAAGAUUCGAUCCGCAAAUAUCCUCCUCGUUACCGUGAAAGCUCUCGCAAAUGAAGUCGCCAAGAAUCUCGUCCUGGCAGGCAUCGGCUCGCUCACCAUCAUCGACCACCAAGAUGUUACGGAAGAAGACCUAGGCGCGCAAUUCUUUGUCGCCGAAGCGCAAAAUGAAGGCGAUGUGAUUGGGAAGAACCGUGCCGAGGUUGCAGGACCCCAGAUCCGCAAGAUGAACCCGCGCGUCAAGCUCAACAUUGAUACCUCAGAUGUGAAAACCAAGCAACCAGACUUCUUCGCUCAAUUCGACAUCACAAUCGCAACCGAACUCGAUUUCCUAACCAACACAACCGUCAACGCCGCCUGCCGCUUAGCCAACAAGCCAUUCUACGCAGCCGGACUCUACGGUUUCUACGGAUAUGCAUUUGCCGAUCUCAUCAGCCAUGACUUUGUGAUUGAGCGAAGCAAGUCCAACCUUAACGCCGGUACCCAGGAGACGCAAACACGCAGCAUCGUCAGUAUCAACACCAAGAAGGAAAACGACAAGGUCAUCGAGCUAGUCACAAAACGCGAAGUCUACUCUCCCCUCAUCCUCGCAAACACCUCCCCCCUCCCAGAAGAAUUCACCCGUCUUCCGCGCCGCCGCAAGCAAGUCACCCCUCUACUAAGCUGUUUGCGCGCACUAUGGGAAUUCGAAAAACUGCGCGGCCACCGCCCAACAUUUACACACGAAGACCUGGAAUUAUUUACUAAGCUGUCGCGAGACCGACACCAAGAAUUGAAGCUCGAACCUCUGACGCUUGAUUCUGUGUUUUUGCGAACUUUCCUUCAGAAUCUGGGGAGCGAGUUGAGCCCCGUUGCGGCAUUCCUGGGCGGGUCGCUUGCGCAGGAUGUUAUUAAUGUGCUCUCGGCGAGGGAGCAGCCACUACAGAAUAUUUUGUUGUUCGAUGGGGAGAAGAUGGUUGGUCCGAUUUAUCCGCUUCAUCCAUUCUUCCCUGAGGAUUUGGCUGGGGCUGGGAUGGCUGCUGUGCCUCCGGCGAGGAAUCCGGUUACGGUUCCUGUCUCUGGGGAGGUUGUGAGUUUGGAGUAA